GUGAGACAGUUUCAGCAAUCCAACUCCGGCCAUGCUGCGCUGUCUGUUACUGCCGCUGAAUGCGCUCUUUAUAUUCUAUUUCGCUCUUUGCUCCUCAGUCAGGGCCAGCGAUGAAAAGAUCUUGUCAAAUGGAAGCCCGAAAAGGAGAGGAUAUUCCCCGGGGGAGUUGAUGCCUGUCAGCUGCUUGAAUAGGACAAUUGACACGGGCGAACAUAUCACCGACAGCCAUGGCAAUUUGCAAUAUAUACCGUUCCCGACCUGCAAUGAGACAAACCAGCCUUUGGCCUUCCCCUACAACACCCCUCAGACUCAGACAUGUACCCUUGACUCUCUACCCGACGAGCUCUAUCACUUGAUCGAGUUCUUCGUCCACAGCGAUGUUCCUUUGACAUGUCGCGUCCCAUCAUACCCUCUGUCGCAAGAAGAGUUGGGCAUAACAUCAUCAUUGCCUGAAGUUGGAGGGACAGGAGCUGAGAAGGAUCAUUGGACACCUUUCACAAUUGCUCUACAAGGCACGCUGCAGCUGUCUCAUCUACACCUGCACACGAAUAUAAACGUCCUUUUCCAUAUGUCGCAAGAUCCCGAGUCGCCCAAGGCCGCUUCUGAAUCGCACUUGAUAGCCUCGACCGCAUACUCGGUUCCGAACAUUUCUGCACCCGCACCCAUUGAAGGUUCGAAAAUUGUCCGCUAUGAACCUGUUGUCCUCACGUUCAAUGUUGGAUGGAUUGAUGGCGCAGUGCUACCGGGGAUGGUCGGACGGCCGGUGCUUGGCGUCACAGCCCACAGGGUUGGCUUCUCUUUGUUGAGUUUCUUUGCAUUGGCUGCCAGUGCCGGUGUGGGUGCAAUGAUUAUGCUUGUUUACGAAAGGAGAAAGAGCGGGAGAAGUGGCGUGUACGGUAACGGAAUUUUGGGUGGCAAUGUUGGCAAUGGGAUACCCAGGACGUCAGGAUACGGAGGAUAUGGAGGCUAUGGUAGCAGCUUUGGUAAACGCGACUGACAGCCUUGCGCUUUCCAGACUCAGAAAUGCAAGUGUCCUGUUCAUCGAGCCCGAAACUGGUGAUUGACUAUCCGCGGCUUGCCCGUACCAGCCGUUCGCUAUCGACGAAGUGCAAGACCCAGCCUUGCCGUGACUACCUAUAUUUGGCCCCAG